AUGUCUAUCGUGGUUCAAGAAAAGGAAGAUAAAAUCUAUUCAUCGGAAAAGGCGAGUCAGAAUGCCCCACCAAAGUAUCUUGGAUUCGUCGCAGGGAUGUUUUCUGGUGUGAUGAAAAACAUUGUUGGUCAUCCGUUUGAUACCAUUAAAGUGAGAUUACAAACAGCCUCGGAUGGCAGGUUUAAAGGACCUAUGGACUGUGUUUUACAAACAGUGAGAAACGAAGGUCUCAGAGGAUUCUACAAAGGGUUUACCCCCCCAUUAGUAGGUUGGGUUUUGAUGGAUUCAGUGAUGCUUGGGUCAUUACAUGUAUACAGAAGAGUAGUUAAGGACAAUUUGUUUCCAGAGGAAAAGAAGUUACCAAUACUAGGACAUGUGAUAGCAGGGUUGGGAAGUGGAUGGACUGUGUCAUUUGUAGCGGCACCAAUUGAACAAUUUAAAGCUAGACUUCAAGUUCAAUAUGAUGCAAAUACAAAAAUAUAUUCUGGACCUGUUGACGUUGCCAAAAAGCUCUAUCAGACCACGGGUGUUAGAGGUAUCUACAGUGGGCUACUCUCAACUAUGAUAUUUCGAACCAAUUUUAUAUUCUGGUGGGGGUCCUACGAAUUAUUCACACAAUGGUUUCAAGAUAAUACCAAACUAUCAAAGCCUUCUAUCAAUUUCUGGUCUGGGGGGUUAUCAGCAACUGUUUUUUGGAUUUUCGCAUAUCCUGCCGACGUGGUUAAACAGACAAUCAUGACAGACAAUCCAAUAAGAUCAGAGAAAAAGUUCCCUAGAUGGAUUGAUGCAGUUAAAUACAUUUACAAUACAAAAGGAUUAAGAGGGUUUUCAAGAGGUUUUGGCCCUUCUAUUUUGAGAUCGUUCCCUGCUAAUGCUGCUGCUUUGGCUGCUUUCGAAGCAGUUAUGAGAUUUUUGCAUUAA